UGCGGUGCUCUACUACCCGAGGGUUUCAUCAGUUAAACUACGACGUCUCUCGACAAUAUACACAUCGUCAAAGCAAGUUGACGGCGAAGCACUGCUCGGCAGGAGCUCCCCAGUCGAUCGGCGCCGUCGCGCGCAUUCUGAAGUGCGCACGUGCCGCUGUCGACCGGCAAGCGCCGCGUUUCGUACAGCUCAUAAAAAAACAGUUGCUUCGUUACGAAGAUGUGUUAGACGCCUUUUUUCACGUUAAUGUCCGGGCAACCGUCUUACACAGCUGUCGCCCUGGGGAACUACGCUUCCUCAAAAGCAUCCCGCGUUUUUUUUAACCGGACGCACGCGAAUGUUCUUUCUUUUUUUCUUGAAACCCAUCCGAAGUUGACUGAAGCGGAAUGUCCCGAUAUUCGUUUCGCUCCGGAGCCGAACAUCCUGGUUUCGAGAGGGGGCACGUGUUUCGGACAGUCGCCACGGCAACCGCUCUGAUCAAUGUUCGUGCGCCGGCCAUGUCGUGCUCCAAGGGCAGGGACAACCUGGUGCCGCAGUUCACCUUCCAGCUGAACCACAAAGUGCUUGCGCGCAGGGUGACCGUGGGCAAGUACGACGGCCUGCAUCCGUGCAUCACCGCUGCCACGGCCUCCGACAAGGUGCUGGUGCACAACAACAACCGGCAGCAGCGCAGCGGCGACCGCUGGGAAGGUGGCGGGGACGUGUCCCUGCUGAACGUCAACCAGACGGUGAGUUGCGUGGCCGCCGGCUGCCUUAAGCCCGGAGCCAAGGAGGACGUGCUGCUGGUCGGGACGCCCACAGCACUGCUCGCCUACGACGUGGAGAACAACUGCGACCUCUUCUUCCGGGAGGUGGCGGACGGCGCCAACAGCCUGGCCGCGGGCUACUUGGGCAGCCGGAGGAACCCCGUGGUGCUGGUGGGCGGCAACUGCUCCAUCCAGGGGUUCGACCACGACGGAGAGGACGUCUUCUGGACGGUGACCGGAGACAACGUGAGGGCGCUCGCCCUGUACGACUUCAACAAGGACGGCCUGAACGAGCUACUCGUCGGCUCUGAGGACUUCGACAUCCGCGUCUUCCGCGACGACGUGAUCGUGGCCGAGAUCGCCGAGAACGAGGCCAUCACGGCGCUCUGCCCGCUGACGCACGAGUGCUUCGCGUACGCGCUCGCCAACGGCACCAUCGGCGUCUACCGGGCCACCGAGCGCCUCUGGAGGAUCAAGUCCAAGAGCCAAGCCGUGUGCCUUCACGGCUACGACAUCGACGGCGACGGGCGGCCGGAGCUCAUCACCGGCUGGAGCAAUGGCAAGGUGGACGCGCGCAGCCUGGCCACGGGCGAGGUGGUGUUCCGCGACAGCCUGGCGCACGGCGUGGCGGGCAUCGUGCAGGCCGACUACUGCCUCGACGGCCGCGAGCAGCUCAUCGUGGUCUCGACGGCCGGCGAGGUGCGCGGCUACCUGGCCGCGUCGGCCGAGCUGCGGCAGCAGGCGGCCGACGCCACUUUCGAGCAGGACACCGUGCGCGAGCUCAGCCACAAGAAGCAGACGCUGCUGCAGGAGCUGCGCAACUACGAGACCAGCGCGGAUGGCGGCGAGUGCGGAUCCAUUCCGGCCAACACGCAGCUGAAGACCCUCCUGGCUAUCAACUCCGGCUCCGGCGGCAUCCCGCCACACGUCGAGGUGGCCCUGGAGACCAACAACGAGACCGUCAUCCGGGCGGUGAUCCUCUUCGCUGAAGGCAUCUUCGACGGAGAGAGCCUCGUCUGCCACCCGAAGGCCGAGCAGGUGCAGUGCGAGGUGAGCCUGCCACUGUGGCCACCCAGGGACCUGGCCGUCGACCUGCACUUGAAGGUUCUCGUGGGACAACGCGACAGCGGUCACUUCCACGUGUUCGAGCUGUCGCGGCAGCUGCCCCGCUUUGCCGCCUACCUGCUGCUGUCGGAGAAGGAGCCACGUGACAGGGCCUCAGGGAGCGUCCGCUUCCGCAUCAACGACAGGCCACACAGGGUGGCGUCGUGGGUGAACCAGAACUUCCUGCUGCCCGAAGACCUGUGCCAGGCCGGCACAUCUUUCCGGGUGAGCUUCGUGGCAUUGCGAUGCCUCAAGCCUAUCACCAUCGAUGCGGACGCCAGCGGAGAGGUGAGCAUCGAGACGGACCUGAUGGACGUGGCCGCCGACAUGGUGCAGUCCCUGGCUGCUUACCUGGAGCUGGAGCAUCUCGAGUCCAGGGCGCACUUCCCCGACGAGUACGCCCGCCUCAGAUCACUUGUCGACAAGCGACGGGAUGCGCCGCUGGUACCAGGAGCUGCAAACACUGAACCGAGAGCUGGUCAGCGACCACCGGGUGCGCUGCCAGAGCCACGAGGAGCUGUCGCGCUGCGUGCGCAUGCUGAACCGGGGCAUCGAGCGGGCCGCCGCUCUAAGGGCGGGCCGCCACAAGGCCACCACUGUGGCUGCCUGCCGACAGGCAUUGGCACCACCCGCCGAUGGCGACGCGCUGCUGCAAGCACUAAGGGGAAGCUGAGCAAUAGCUGGCAAAGCAGACGACUCUCAGCAUUAAAUAAAUCGAGCUGUCCCCAAUCCUGGAAAAAAUUCCUGAUGAUGUGUGGUAUGGCCAGGUGUGACCAAAGAGCACCAUGACACAAGACAAUGUGUUGUCAAUUAAUUCUGAAUGAAAUGGAAAAAUUGAGUGCUAAUGGUUGGAGUAACAUUGGUGUAAAAUGUAUAGCUAAUAAAAUAAUGACAAUGACUAGUGUGGCUAUGACAAAUAGAAUUUCAUUAAAGGGGCUGACAACCAAUUUUCAUGGAACCUAUUUCUUUAAUGCAAUGGAAAGCUUACCAGCCAAAGUGUCUAAUCAUGAAGUGGUAACACAGAAAACACCAUGGAACAUCUUUUAUCAGAAUUUUUCGAUGUGCAGUAAGGAUGUAGUCAUUCACUGGAAGCAUGCUGAAAAUGUCGAUAGGUGAGCAUAAUAGCAAUUAUACACCGGCAUUGGUGGGAGGCAGACAAGUGCAACCGUAACUGUGAGAAAGUAUUGUUUUGUUUAUCAAGUCGAUGUUUCUGCGAUUCAUGUUUUCUCGCGUUAAAGUAGGUAUUUCUGCGAUAGCACCUAUGGGUCUUCAUGUUUUCCUGUCCAAUUGCUUUGGUAUUUAACAAGUCUAAACGAAAGUUACCAGAUCGAAAACAAAUGACGCUUUUACACGUGAUACACAGUUCAGCAUGCUGCCAUAGCCACGCAUGCGCUUUUGAUUUCCAAAGCAUAGAAUAAAGCGCAAGUGUCUAGUAAUAUAGCAACUGCAAUGUUAAGCAAUAAUUACGCUGCAAUUAAUAACAGCCGACUUACAUACAGUAAUCUCAUAGACUACAUUUGACGUACUAAGAUUUCACCGCCAGGCCUCACCACUUACUGGUCUUUAAGACUUUCUUUGCCAAUUUAAAAUUAUAAUUCCUACUUAAAUUGCGAGGAGCAUGCUGGAUUCUAUCACUAUAAAUCAUGGCCAUUUCAUUUUCCCACAGUUGCAACAGUGCUCCAAAAGUGCCCUUAAAGGAAUGAAGGGGGCUAGUUGGUGAACGUUCAUGGUUAUAUUGC